AUGCCUAGAUGUGCUUUUUUAAAAAGAAAUUCAAGACAUUUAAGAAGAUUAUCCAGAUUAUAUGAUUGGGAAAUAACUGAAAAUGGAGAUUUUAGACCUAUGAUGUCAAAAAAAAAAAUUGAAAGAUCAAUAUCAUUAAAAGAAAAAGAAUGUGCAAAUGAUUCAUAUAUAUUAGAAACUAUAUUAAAUGGUUAUAAUAGGCAUAAAAUACCUGGAGGUAGUGUUGAUGUAGCUGUAGAAGUUUGGACACAAGAAAUAACAGCAGUUUCUGAUUCAACACAAGAUUUUCAAUUAGAUUUAUAUAUAAGUGAAACAUGGUUAGAUCCUUCACUUAAUUUUGAAUGGAUGGGACCAUGUAAACAAAAUUUAUCACUUAAUUCUGUUGUAUUAGAAAAAUUAUGGACACCUAAUUCUUGUUUUAUUAAUUCUAAAACUGCUGAAAUUCAUAAAUCACCAUUUCCUAAUAUAUUUUUACUUAUUUAUUCAAAUGGGACAGGUCCAUGUAUAAUGAAUUUACAACGUUUUCCAUUUGAUUCAAUAAAAUGUUUUUUGACCUUUGAAAGUUUUAAUUAUAAUAUUCAAGAAGUUAGCAUGAAUUGGACACCAAAUGGUGUUUCUAAUAUGAAAGAUAAAAUGGAGUUAGCUGAUUACGAGUUAGAUCAUAUGAAUAGUAUUCGAAAAACAGAAGCAUAUCCUGCUGGAUUGUGGCAUGAAUUAACAAUGGAAUAUCAUUUUAACAGAAGAGCCGGAUGGUAUAUACUUCAAGCAUACUUACCAACAUAUCUUACAAUCUGCAUUUCAUGGAUAUCAUUUGCACUUGGAACAAAAGCAAUUCCAGCUAGAACAAUGUUAGGCGUUAAUUCUCUUCUGGCAAUGACAUUUCAAUUUGGUAAUAUUAUUAGAAAUUUACCUAGAGUUAGUUAUGUUAAAGCUAUUGAUGUUUGGAUGUUAAGUUGUAUGACAUUUGUAUUUUGUUCAUUAUUAGAACUUGCAUGGGUUGGUUAUUUAAGUAAAGAUGAAACAAUAGAUCCUCCUUUUGAGGAAACACAUAAUAUUAAUCAAGAAAAUUCGGGAGAUAAUAAUAUUAUACAAAGAAAUUAUAAACAGGUAGUAGAAAAUAAUUAUAAUGUUGAUAAAAAUAAAAUACAUCCAAAACGUAAUGAAAAUAUUGAAACUAAUAAACAUUAUAAUUUGCCUCAAUAUUUACAACUUGAUGGUAUAGGAGAAUCAAUAAAUAGUUGUUUUAGAAGAAAUUAUACAGGAAGUAAUGAAGAAAAAAGUGCCCUACUUAAUUUAGCUCGUGAUAAUGAUUAUGGUUAUAUUCCACCUGGAUAUGGUCUUCAUAAAUCUUAUCCAAAUUUAAGUUUAACAUCAUGUACAUGUAAAGAUACAUUAUUACCAAAUGUUCAUGAAGCAAGAUCAUCUGGUGUUUAUGGUAUGUUUCAUAGUGAUUCAUAUCAUAUUCCAAAUUGUCCUUUGUAUCAAAAACCAUAUAAUAAUAAAAUUUCUCCUGGUGGACAGAUACAAUCAUUUACCAAUGAAAUGUAUUAUGGUGAUGAACAAAUUAAUUAUAAUAAAUCAUCUAUUACUAAUAAACAUACUCAGAUGACAGAUUCAAAAAAAGUAUCAUUAGCAUGGAGAAAAUAUAAAAGAGAAAAAAUGGCUCAAAAUAUUGAUAAACUAUCAGCAUUAUUAUUUCCUAGUUUAUUUAGUAUUUUUAAUAUUGCCUAUUGGUAUCAUUAUUUGAGUGGUUAA